GCGAAAGAGGUUAAAUCAUAAACAUAUGUAUGACGCACUUAAAAAUUUCUUAUAAAUCUUGACGAUUGAAUUUUUUAGAAUUUGUUAGUUAUCCAUAUCGUUGAAGAUGUCGCAGAAUUCAUUCUAUUGUCGUUUCAUUUCGGUCCACGUCUAAAUUAUGCUAUAAAUUACAACACUUUGAUCAUCUCGUGAAUAUACUUGAUUUAGAUUUCAUGAUAUGUUUUCACUGAGGCUCUCCAUCCUUUUUCUUCUUUAAAGAACAUCAAAAUAAAGGAAGUUCGCAUUAACGGUAUGAGUUUCUUCUUUGGCUUCAUACGGAACGUGUUUCUUAAAAUGUUACAACUAAUUUGGUUUAGUAAACGAAAAUUAACAAAUUCAUUGAGUAUAUACGUGAAAACUAAUACUGGAAAUACAUUCCCCGUUGAUUUGGAUCCAAAAUGGGAUAUAAAGAACGUAAAAGAGAUAGUGGCAUUUCAAAUGGGAAUAUCACCUGAAGACAUAAAAAUAAUAUUUGCAGGGAAAGAGCUGCAUAAUUCAACGAUAAUAGAAGAAUGUGAUUUGGGUCAACAAAGUAUAUUACAUGCAAUUCGAACUUCAUCACAGAGGUUAAAUAAAAAUAAAGGUACUAACACCAUUGACGAGUCUUUAGAAAUAUCUGAAUUAAAUGAUAGCGGAGGAAAGCCAAUGAAUGAAACUCUUACCGAUUUACCAUUAGAUGAGUCAAAUCCACAAGAAAAUUUAACCAUGGAAGAGAAACAUGAAAAUCCAGCACAUUUUUUUGUAUAUUGUUCAACACCAUGCAAAGCUGUUACAGUUGGUAAAUUAAGAGUCAGAUGUGCAACCUGUAAUAGUGGAGCGGUUACGGUAGAUAGAGAUCCUCAGUGUUGGCCAGAUGUAUUACAACCAAGAAGAAUAACAGUUCAUUGUGAAAAUGAUUUUUGUCCAGCACCCACAUUUAUAUCCAGUGACACUGAAUCUCAAGUUUUAUAUGCACGGUUUUAUUUCAAAUGUGGGAAACAUGCUAGUUUAGGAGAAGGAGACGAGGCUGUUCCUCUGUAUCUUAUAAAACCAAAUUUAGGAAGAAUACCUUGCCUUGCCUGUACAGAUGUUAGGGAUAUGGUCUUGGUCUUCCCAUGUGAAGCUGGCCAUGUAACUUGCCUUGAUUGUUUCAAAGACUAUUGUUCAGUUCGUCUAAGAGAACGUCAAUUUCAAUUUGAUGACAUUAAAGGAUAUUAUACGCUUCCAUGCCCAACAGGAUGUCAAAAUUCUUUCAUUCCAGAAGUACAUCAUUUUCAUCUUCUUACCUCUGAGCAGUACGAACAGUAUCAGAGAUUUAGUACAGAAGAAUAUGUUUUACGUGCUGGUGGAGUUUUAUGUCCAAGACCAGAUUGUGGCAUGGGCAUUAUACCAGAAUCACCAGAUGAUGAUAGUGAAGAAUGUAGAAAGAUUCAAUGUAUUGGUGGUUGUGGGUAUGUUUUUUGUAGACGAUGUUUACAAGGCUACCAUUUAGGAGAAUGUCAAUUACAAUCAUCUGAAUCUUUGAAUACAAUACAUAAAUCUGGGUAUUCAGUUGAUCCAAGGAGAGCUGACGAUGCAAAAUGGGAUGAAGCCAGCAAUAAAACUAUUAGAAUUUUAACAAAACCUUGUCCAAAGUGUAGAACACCAACUGAAAGAGAUGGAGGAUGCAUGCACAUGGUUUGUACUAGAGCUGGAUGUAAUUACCAUUGGUGCUGGGUAUGUCAAACGGAAUGGACAAGAGAUUGCAUGGGCAAUCAUUGGUUUGGAUAAUUUAUAAAUUAUUUAUAUGAUAAAAAUAUAGAAUAUUAUUUCGUAUAAAUAUAAAUAAAGUAGAAGAAUUAGAAAUACAAUCAUUAUUACUAUCGUGAAUUAUGCUAGUAAAUUACACUAGUCAAUUCAAGGUAGUAUGUGGAAACAAAUUUUGUAGGAUUGUGGAUAUCUUUUGAAGUUAGAAAUAACAUUUUGGUCCUUUUUUCAUUGUACUAUUUUAUAAUUAUAUAAAUUAUGAAUUUAUUAAAAUCUUUUUUGCUCUGUAAAAACUUCGCUGUGUAUGAGCCUAAUUAAUCAUUGUAUGUAUAUAUAACAAUUAUAAAUUUGUAUAUAAAUUUUAGCGAGUUGUUAUGAACAAAAUGUAAAAGUGCCUUCUCUUUGUUCUAUUUAAGAAAUGUAUAUACAUGAGCAUUUGUUUAUGAAUA